AUGUUCCUGACAUUGUUGAUAUUUUCCCUAUCGAACGCUCUUGAUUUUGGCAUUGAAGAAAUAAAAUUAGGAACAAUCAACGACUACACUCUCAAAACGGGAUCUCACGCCUUCAAAGCUAGAGCCAACUUUCAUAGGCUAAAAAUUACUGCAAUGCCAAAUGGAGAGGGAUUCGACCAAAUAAGGUGGACAGAUAAAUUAUCAACAUCCCUUGAUGAUAAUAAGAGAAUUAAAAUGGUGACGCUGACAGAAAUUAUUUUGCGAGCGGGUAGGCCCAUCCCGAUAUGCUGAAUAUGGGCCACUAUGCCUCUUUUCAAAUGUGCCUUUGGGCUUGUGAUGCCUUACCUAAGAGGGAAGUUUUAUUCCUCCCCCGAAGGUUUUUCUGUACCUGCCAGGCAGAGUAGACUGGUUUUACCUCUCGGAUAGUCUUCUUCUAUCAUGACUAUCGGGGAGAAGACGGAGGGUGGCUCUAGCUUAGGGAGCUAACCUUUAGGCUAUGUGAAUUUCAUUAGAAAAUUUAAGAGGGAGUAAUAAGUAGAGCUGUGCAGCAUUCGCAUCUGGUAUAUAAGCACCCUGCGUAAACCAGCUUUCCUGAAGUCAAGAUAGUUCGGUCAGUGGCUGGGCCGUUUAAUCCUUAAUUUUAAUAUUAUCUUGACGAAACAACAUUUCUAAAAUGCCCAAAGGACUCUGCAAUUUGCGGAGAUGCAAUAGACCCAAGCACAAAUGUUCAGAUAACCAUUGGAGCAUGCGUGGAUGAAAUUUACAUCUAUGUUAAGGUUUCUAAGGAAUCUACUCUUUCUUUCUCUGGCAGCUACUAUCAAGGAGAUUGCGAUCCAAUUGAAGAAAACCUCUAUACAAAGUGUGGAGCCAUGACUUAUGCUCAGUGUGAUGUAUGUGGUGACGAAUGCAGGCUAGCAUUUUGCAAAAAGAGAUCCCGCGACGGCAAAGAUCCAGAAGUAAAGACAUCACUAUGCUUGCCUUAUAAUGUGACAGCAGAAGAACUCACUGACAGGUGUGAUGAUUAUAUGAAUGUUGAUUAUGGAGAAUGGAAAGAUUCCUGCAAUAAAUCACUUGAAAUCGGGAAUAUUGGUGCGCUCACAAUCAUUAUGCUCGUGCUAAUGACUAUUGCCUUUUUUGGCUUCAUCGGCAUUGUUACAUGGUAUAACUUUAAACUGAGGACAACUGGAAAACCUCCGAUUAAAUGCUUCAAAUUCUGCCCCGAGAUUCUUUUCCCUCAUCCAAGACAGGCGCAGCCAGCUCAGCCUUUAAGAGGAUACCAGCCUCCAGAUAUUGAAAUACCUGAUAGAAGAUAA